AUCAGACCAAGGUCUCAGACGGACUUCUAGAAGGUCCAAAUUUUUUUCUGGACUCUUGGGCUAAAAUGCAGGAACGUGCCGAGGUUGCCGUUGCAUUGGAGGCUGCGUUAGUCCAAUGGAUACUGUACAUUGGUUAGGGCUGAGAUGUGUAGCUACUUGGUGCCCAUAACUCGCCCGGGUACCAUGAGUCUAGGCGUCGACGUGCAGCUGAAGAAAACUUUGUUGGGGCCGCCCACCCAAAUGAUUGGACUGCCGACUCCCCUAGGCCAGCAGGAUUCGGUUAUUAUCGGGGCACCGCGCGGUGUUCCAGUCGUUGGGUCUCUGCAGAUCAUCCUUGGUACUUUGAAAGGAGUUCUUGGAGGUACUGUAGGCGGUUGUCUAGCCGGAUGGGGCAUGCCUACGCCUACACGGCUCGAUUGGGCAAAAGGACCACAAGGAUUUGAAUCUUUUACCUGGCGGAAGCAUGUAACCAAGGUUAAACCUGGCAAUGAAUAAGUCAUUGAAGCCCAUGUUGACAGCGG